GCUAUUACGACUCCACCCAUGAUGAGGUGGUACUCUGCAAUGGAAAACCACCUAAACCGAAUGGAGUCGAGUCCAGUACAGUAGAGUCGAGCCGGUUGCGCCAAGUAGGUCCUAAAGGAAAAGCGCCUGUGUGUGUGUGUGUGUGUGUGUGUGUGUGUGUGUGUGUGUGUGUGUGUGUGUGUGUGUGUGUGUGUGUGUGUGUGUGUGUGUGUGUGUGUGCGCGCGUGUGUGUAGCGGGGGGAGGGAUAGGUGUGGCUGGGUAAAGGGGCGUGGAAAAAACAACAGCACAGCGUAAUGCAGCUUCCCACCAUGCCAUUAAUCUCCGUCUGUGGACUGUCUGACCGUCACUCAGGCUGCGUCCAUCCGUCUUGUAAGUCGCCCUCCGGCCGGCCGGAUAUGCUCCUUCAAUACCUCCAGUAGCGUAAUGACACCGACAAAGUGAUAGCGGAGCAUCACCUCCACGUCUUACUCUCCUCCUGAAGCGGAGCUCUGUUUGCAAUUUCUUCCCGGCGGAGAUAUGAGGAAUCCAAUGGCUGAUUUUACGCUGACAUUGUGGCUGUUAGUAGAGUGUGUAGAAGCUAAGAAGUACUGCUGGUAUUUUGAAGGUGGAUACCCCAUCUAUUUCAUAUGUCGCUCCUAUGAGGACUGCUGUGGGACUCGCUGCUGUGUGAGAGCCCUCUCCAUCCAGAGACUAUGGUACUUCUGGGUUCUGCUGAUGAUGGCAGUGUUGUUCUGCUGUGGUGCUGGCUUCUUCAUUCGCAGAAGGAUGUAUCCAUCCCAUCUGAGAGAUGAGCCAGCCUUCAAUGUGUCCUUUACCAGGCACCCAGUCACCACACCAGUUUCUACAAUGGCUGCCCGACAUCUCUGGUUUGACUCACCACAAACUCUUCGGGUGGCACAGCCUGGACAUGACCGACUGGUUCCAGUCCGUCCCACGACAGACACUGGGAUGAAACUGUUGAGCGUUAUCAGUAGACUGUUCUGGCCUGAUACACAGCUGCCACUGCUGGAGUGGAAGCUGGACGGUGUCAGAGGUGAGGGAGCAGAGGUUGCAGGAGAGGAUGGCUGCCAUAGAAGCCAAAUUAAACCGCUUCUCCAAUGGGGAGGGAAUCAGCAGAAAAGACGAGUGCACAGUCCUAAAAUUGCGUGUUCACAGCUGCUGGAUCCAGCGGAAGGAAAGAGAUGUCAGAUGAGGAGGAUGGCAGCGCUUACAGGGUGUGUGAGUGGAUAGUGCAGUCUCCAGCCUUCUGCACCCAGGAGCGAGCCGAUCUGUGUGCUGUCCUACAGGGAAGGCUUGAGGCUGAUGUUAAGAACGCAGCUUCACAUCACAGACGUGGACAACCAUCGCAUCGAAGAGCACCAAAUACAUAUGACCCAGUGGAAGGAAAGAGACAUUUUAAGGGAUGGACCAGUCCAGGGAAACGGACCACAGCUUGCACCUUUUGAUACUUUGAAGCCCGCGCACACACAUGCACACACACACACACGCACACACACACACACACACACACACAUGCAAGCUGCUCCAGCGAUUCAGACGCGACGUCUCUGAGCAGGAAGACAAUCUUGAGGCAGUCAGUCAGUAGGCUUCGCCCACACCUGUUCUGCAUCCGCGCUGAUCUCCAGCAGCGCAGAUGCAGCAUGUGGAGAGACGCACACUCACAGCGUCUCCUCCGGCAGACGGCAGAAAAGAGGGCGUCAAACUCAGGGCUGUGGCAAUGUGAUCUAAAUCUGCCAAUAGUGUAUCAAUAUAUUGAUGUUGUACUGCAAACCGUAGGCAUUCUAUUAUCACAUGCACUGCAUGAAAAGCCAGAUUAUCGGUCCUGUGAAUUGCUGAAAACCUACCAAGUUCCCAGCAGUUAUCAGCAGUUCACAGGCUGUGAACUCCAGGUUUGCGUAUGCCGUAAAUUGCCUGAAAUGGACCAUGUGAGUGGGUGUGUGGGGCAAUGAGAUUCCACACCUGGUGCAUGGCACAGGUGUGAAAAACUAAUUAGCAUCUGGCCUGCCUAUCUGGCGUUACUCAGGACACCCAUUGGAUGAAAUGAGUCAUGGCAACAAAAAAAAACUGUGUCAUCAGUGGUCGACAAAUCUGUUGUUAAACAUGUUAAGCAACAGAUGUUAAUGAUUAUCAUUAUCAUUAUUAUUAUUAUUAUUAUUUAAUAAUUAGUAAUAAAUAUACACUAUGUAAAAUAUGUAUAAUUAGUGAACCUACAUACUUGCUAUUGUUAAUCAAUGGGCUUAUCCUACAUUACCGGGAGGGAAAAAAUAUUUGCAAGGACAUGUUGAAAAAUGUCUUUGUGUAGCUGCAAUAGUUCUCAGAAUUAAAAUUUAAACAAGAUACCCAAAAAGUAUUUUAAAAAAUGAAAAUAAAGUUAAAAAAUAAAAUGGAAGUUCAACAAAAUAUGUAUAUUAAAAAAUGUUUCAAAAGCAAAUCAAUCUAGUUUUUUUUUUUGUCUUUUUUAAAGGUCCAAGUUAGUCCUUCACUCUGAGCUGGCCAGUAGCUUGGACAUCAGGUCAGGCUUAAAAUGUCUCAUAUUUGGGUCAUAUUUAUUUGCUGUUCUUCUAACGAUUGUCCGCGUUCUGUGAUAUGAAGCUGUGUUCUUCAUAUCAGCCUCUGGCAACCAGCCUCUGUGGAGGUGGUUGCCUUCAAUAAGAUCUAAAUCAUAGAGACAGAGACUCAUUGACUGUAUGGCUUUAUUUGAUGUCUGAAGGCAAGAAUCUUCUGUACUUGUAUCAAAGGAUUAAAUGUCGUUAAAUGAAGCACCUGAGCUUUAGUUCAGAUUCAUAUCUGUACAUCAGAACUAGUAGGAUGUAACAGCUGGGACUCCUCAUACAGAUGCUAAUUGAUAUUUUCUUAUUUGUCAGUAUAUUUUUCUUUUUUGUAAAUGUUGUUCUUGCCAUUGCUACUUCUUGCCAUUUGAUGUCUGUUUCACAUCUUCCAUCUGAUGUUAUCCAUGAACCAAGAUAUUUGAAAUGAUUACUAUUGCUAUGAGAUUAUUUUUCUGUUCUAACAUCAUAAGAUGUGAUUAGAACAGUUUGAUUCAUUACACACAAUUUAAUGAAUCAAACUAAUAUCUCCUAGUCUCUUUCUCUUUGGUGAGACUGGGCAGAAGACUUUAUGGUUGAUCUGUCAUGCCAGGUUGGCUGGAGGGAAGUUCCUCAAAUUAUGUUUUACAGGCGGCUGAAAAACAGUUAAAUGAAGACGUUAUUAUCUCUUUUUUAUUAUUAUGUUAUUGUUUUCAGCUGAUGUUAGCUUUUGUUGCUGUUGAAGUCAGACAAUUUAGAACAAUUUUAAACAGGAUACUUACAUAGAAAGAUGUUUGUCUCCACAUCCUCUAAAUCUGGAUUUGCAGCCAGACUUUUUUAGUAAAUACUGCCUCAUUGCAAGGUGAGCCCAGUCUGUGAAAAUAAAUUAGACCAUUCAUUUAGUACUUACAGCAGAAUAACUGUAGAAUAUUUUUUAAAGUAAUUUAAAACAGUUUUAAAGUAUCAGAUACAAUUUGACUAAACAGUCAUUUGUCUUUCCUGUAGAAGAAGAAAAUUUGCACUGUGCGCAUUGUGUGCUGCUCGUUUUUUCUUGCACUAUUGUUUGUAUUCGCUGCUAUAACAUUAAAAAUUUCCCCACUGCGGGAUCAAUAAAGGAUCAAUCAAUCUAUCCAUC